CAGAUAUCACCAACACUUGGAAGCAGACCAGAUGAUGACUACAAACGCCAUAUGUGAGAUGACGACGAUGAUGAUGAUGAUCUCCCUUUCAGCUAUUUGGAGAAAGAACGCCAAUCAAACCUAAUACACGAGUAGCCUGUGGAUUUUCCCUCUUGUUCUAUGUCAUGAUCUGUCUUGGACAACUAGCCUCUAUUACAUUACCGUUUGGAUUCCUGCUCACCAAAGCCAUGGCUUGGACUUCAAGUGGCAAAACCCAUGCAGAUCUUAUAAAUAAUCUUCACAAGAACGGAGUGAUCCGAUCACAGCGUGUUUACGACAUUCUGAUGGCCACAGACAGAGGUCAUUACAUCCAGAACUUUCCCUACAUGGAUUCACCUCAGAGUAUAGGUUAUAAGGCUACAAUUAGCGCCCCCCACAUGCAUGCACAUGCCCUGGAGUUAUUAGAAGACAAACUGACAGAAGGUGCCAAGGUCCUUGAUGUUGGCUCUGGUAGUGGAUACCUCACUGCCUGCUUUGCCAGAAUGGUGGGAUCCACUGGAAAGGUUGUUGGGAUUGAGCACAUUGACCACCUUGUUCAGGAUGCCAUCCAGAAUGUUCAGCAAGAUGAUCCUACCUUACUUACUUCUGAACGAGUCAAGUUUGUUGUGGGUGAUGGCAGACUUGGGUAUCCUGAAGAAGGCCCCUAUGAUGCAAUUCAUGUAGGGGCAGCAUCGCCAGCACUACCGCAGGAGUUGUUAAAUGGGCUGAAGCCUGGGGGAAGACUGAUAUUACCUGUGGGACCAGAAGGUGGCAGCCAAGUGUUAGAGCAGUAUGACAAGGCUAAUGACGGGGCAAUCACAAGGACUCGCCUAAUGGGUGUUAUGUACGUUCCUUUGACUGACAAAAAGAAGCAAUGGCCAAGUGGAGAGUUCUGACGACCACUUGAGGUCCAUCAAAUUUACAACUUCAUAAAAUGAAGACUGUAGUUUCAUCGUGUGGCCGGAUCAGAGUCAGAAAGCCUAUUUCAAGGGACAGCCGUAGUAAUCCGCCAGAUACGUUUUAAGGGCUCGUUGUUGUCUCUGGGACUUGAAGUAACAAAAUAUAGAGAUAUGAAUGAAAAUGACAUCUUUGUAAGUUGCAUGA